UUAUAUACCCCACUCUUUGCCCACCUCACACCAUUCAAGUUUAACCAACAAACUCCAGUGAACUACAUUGCUACUCUACUCCUCAAGUGCUACAGAGCGAACUGGACUGAAGGACCAUUUUUCAAAAAGCGACAUUCUUCUCUGAGCAUAUCUAUUAAGAGGCAGCGACUACAUUUGUCAAGCCACUGCCAAUUAAAAACCCGCGACAGGCUGCGUUGCAGUAACAAGGACUGUAAAUCGGAUCAAUUCAUCAUUGUCCUGACAAGAAGAGGCUUCUUCACAAGGACAUCCGAAAAGUCUCCGGGACACUUUUUUUAAAAACUCUCUUCUCCCAAGUUUUGAACUUUUACCACAGCAAGUGCGCUCGAGCUUGACAUCGACACGCUAAACUUUUUUUGCAGAUAACUUCACACGUCGGACUGACUUGCUGUAUAAAAAGGGACACACGGAAAACCGCCAACAUGACGAGCAAUAACACACAUUACUACGACGACAGCCAGCCACCGCAGCACUACCAGGGCACUGACAACUUCGAGGGGGACGAGGAAGACGAGAUGCCGGCUACGGAGAAAGAUCUUGCCGAGGAUGCACCAUGGAAGAAAAUCCAACAGAACACCUUUACAAGAUGGUGCAACGAGCAUCUCAAGUGUGUCAAUAAGACCGUGACAGACCUCCAGAAGGAUUUUGGCGACGGGUUAAAGCUCAUUGGGCUCCUGGAGGUUCUGAGCCAGAAAAAGAUGUACAAAAAACACCACACCAGACCCAACUUCCGACAGAUGAAAUUGGAAAAUGUGUCCGUCGCUCUGGAAUUUUUGGACAGGGAACACAUCAAGUUGGUGUCUAUUGACUCCAAGGCCAUCGUGGACGGUAAUCUGAAACUGAUCCUAGGUCUGAUCUGGACUCUGAUCCUGCACUACUCCAUCUCCAUGCCCAUGUGGGAGGAUGAGGAUGAUGAGGAGGCUAAGAAACUGACCCCCAAGCAGAGGCUGCUGGGAUGGAUCCAGAACAAGGUGCCUGAGCUACCCAUCAACAACUUCCACCGUGACUGGAGGGAUGGCAAGGCCCUGGGAGCCCUGGUAGACAACUGUGCCCCUGGUCUGUGCCCCGACUGGAAGGCCUGGGACCCUAACCACCCUGUGGAGAAUGCCAGAGAGGCCAUGCAGCAGGCUGACGACUGGCUGGGCGUGCCCCAGGUGAUCGCCCCUGAGGAGAUUGUCGAUCCGGAUGUGGAUGAACACUCAGUGAUGACCUACCUGUCCCAGUUCCCCAAGGCUAAGCUGAAGCCUGGCGCUCCCCUCAAACCUAAAGGCGUUCAGCUGUACCCCAACAAGGCCAAGGCAUACGGACCUGGUAUUGAUUCCCACGGAAACAUGGUUCUGAAGCCAGCAGUGUUCACAGUGGAGACUCUGCAGGCAGGUCAGGCUGAGGUGCUGGUCUAUGUGACCGAUCCCGAGGGACACACUGAGGAGGCUACGGUGGUCUUUAACAAUGACAAAAACAGGACCUACACUGUCACUUAUGUACCCAAGGUUGAGGGUGUACACAAGGUAAAAGUGCUGUUUGCAGGGCAGGACAUUGACAAGAGUCCCUACACAGUCAACGUUGCCAAGGCCAUGGGCGAUCCCAACAAGGUCCAGGCCAGAGGACCAGGGCUGGAACCUACCGGCAACGUGGCCAACAAACCCACCUAUUUCGACAUCUACACCGCAGGUGCUGGUAAUGGUGAUGUGAGUGUUGUCGUCGUGGAUCCUGAGGGGAAGAAAGACACAGUGGAACUGAUUUUGGAAAACAAAGGGGACAGUGUUUUCCGUUGCACCUACCGGCCCAUGUUGGAGGGCCCCCACACCAUCCACAUCCUGUUCGCGGGUCAGGAGAUCCCCAAGAGCCCCUUCAAAGUUCAAAUCGCAGAGGCCAUCAAUGCCAACGCGUGUCGUGCCACGGGCCGAGGCCUCCAGCCUAAGGGGGUGAGGGUGAAGGAGGUGGCAGACUUCAAGGUCUUCACCAAGGGAGCCGGCAGCGGAGAGCUCAAAGUCUCCGUGACUGGACCAAGUGGAGCAGAGACACCAGUGAAAGUUAAGGAUAUUGGUGAUGGUGUCUAUGAGUGUGAAUAUCUCCCUGUCCAGACUGGUAAAUACACAGUUAACAUCACCUGGGGAGGACAACUCAUCCCACGCAGUCCCUUCGAGGUGGAGGUGAGUGAGGAGGUUGGCCCUCAGAAGGUGAGAGCUUGGGGCCCCGGGCUGCUGACCGGCCAGGUGGGCAAGUCAGCUGACUUCGUGGUCGAGGCCAUCGGCACCGAAGUAGGAACUCUGGGUUUCUCCAUCGAGGGUCCGUCCCAGGCUAAGAUAGAAUGUGACGAUAAGGGUGACGGCUCCUGCGAUGUCCGCUAUUGGCCCACUGAGCCAGGUGACUACGCCGUCCAUGUCAUCUGUGAUGACGAAGACAUCAAGGACAGCCCCUUCAUGGCCCACAUCCUGCCUGCAGCCAAUGACUGCUUCCCUGAAAAGGUGAAAGCUUUCGGUCCAGGUCUGGCGCCCACUGGGGUCAUUGUAAACAAACCGGCAGAGUUCACCAUCGAUGCCCGCGAGGCUGGCAACGGCCACCUCAAGAUCUACGCCCAGGAUACAGAAGGUGUCACCAUCGACAUUAAGAUCACUGACAAAGGAGACGGCACCUUCCUGUGUGUGUACGUCCCCACCAAGCCCAUCAAACACACCAUCAUCAUCACCUGGGGAGACGUCAACGUGCCCAACAGUCCCUUCAGGGUGAUUGUUGGAGAGGGCUGCCACCCAGCCAAGGUCAAGGUAUAUGGUCCAGGAGUGGAGAAGACAGGACUCAAGGCAAAUGAGCCCACCUACUUCACUGUGGACUGUGCCGAGGCUGGACAAGGAGACAUUAGCAUUGGGAUCAAGUGUGCUCCAGGAGUGGUGGGCCCAGCCGAGGCUGACAUCGACUUUGACAUCAUCAAGAACGACAAUGACACCUUCACUGUCAAGUACACUCCGCCCGGCGCUGGGAAAUACACCAUCAUGGUGCUGUUCGCCGAGCAGGAAAUCCCCAUCAGUCCAUUCAGAAUUAAGGUUGAUCCUUCCCAUGAUGCGGGCAAAGUGAGGGCUGAGGGCCCAGGACUCAACAAGACAGGCGUGGAGGUGGGUACUCCAACCCACUUCACCAUCUUUACCAAGGGAGCAGGCAAGGCCAAGCCUGAGGUCCAGUUCACAGCAGCAGGCCUGAAGGGGGAAGCUGUGAGGGACUUUGAGAUCAUCGACAACCAUGACUACUCCUACACCGUCAAGUACACGGCCGUUCAACAGGGCCAGAUGACCAUCUCCGUCACCCACGGAGGGGACCCCAUUCCCAAGAGCCCCUUCAAUAUUACUGUGGCUCCUCCUAUAGAUCUGGGAAAGGUCAAGGUGACAGGACUCGACACCAAAGUAGAGGUGGGCAAGGACCAGGAGUUCUCCAUCAACACCAAGGGAGCUGGUGGGCAGGGCGAGGUAGCCGUCAAGAUGACCUCACCCUCCGGCCGACCAAUCCCCUGCAAGCUGGAGUCAGACGCGGCCAAUGGCGCCCACUCUGUGAAGUAUAUUCCCCCAGAGGAGGGGCCUUACAAGGUGGACGUCAGCUACGAUGGGAACCCUGUCCCUGGAUCCCCCUUCGCAGUGGAGGGAGUGAUGCCUGCCGACCCUUCAAAGGUGCGCGCUUAUGGCCCAGGCCUGAAGGGAGGCAUUGUGGGUAAACCAGCUCCAUUCGCCAUCGACACCAAAGGAGCGGGCGCUGGUGGGCUGGGCCUGACGGUGGAGGGGCCGUGCGAGGCUAAGAUUGAGUGUCAGGACAACGGAGACGGAACCUGCUCAGUUUUCUACUUGCCCACUGAGGCUGGAGAGUACGCCAUCAACAUCCUGUUUGGAGAGCAGCACAUCCCUGGGUCUCCCUUCAAGGCAGCUGUGAAGCCAUGUCUCGACCCCAGCAAGGUAACAGCCAGUGGGCCAGGCCUGGAGAAGGCCAAGGCAGGGGAACCAGCCUACUUCACAGUGGACUGCACCAGUGCUGGAGAGGCUGAACUCACCAUUGAGAUCGUCUCUGAGUCUGGGGCUCAGGCCGAGGUCCACAUCCAGAAGACUGCAGAUGGGACCUUCUCUGUCACCUACAUCCCACCCUUCCACGGCACACACACCAUUACCAUCAAGUACGGGGGUCAUGUUGUACCCAAGUUCCCCGCGGUCAUCCAGGUGGAGCCGGCUGUGGACACCAGUGGUGUGCAGGUCUAUGGACCAGGGGUGGAGCCCAGAGGAGUCCUCAAGGAGGUCACCACCCACUUCAUCGUGGACGCCCGUAAAACGACCAAGAUUGGCGGGGACCACGUGAAAGCACGCAUCAUCAACCCUUCAGGCGCCAACACAGACGCCUACAUCACAGACAAGGGAGACGGAACCUACAGAGUGGAGUAUACCGCCUUCGAGGACGGUAUGCACCUGCUGGAGGUGUUGUACGAUGACGUGGCGGUCCCUAAGAGUCCGUUCAGGGUGUCUGUGGUGGAGGGCUGUGACCCCACCCGGGUCAGGGCCUACGGGCCAGGCCUGGAGGGAGGACUUAUCAACAAAGCCAACUGCUUCACCGUCGAGACCAGGGGUGCUGGUACUGGAGGCCUGGGCCUGACCAUAGAGGGAGCCUCCGAGGCUAAGAUGACCUGUAAAGACAACAAAGAUGGCAGCUGCAGCGUAGAGUACGUUCCCUUCACACCUGGAGAGUACGACGUCAACAUCAACUUCGGAGGACACCCCAUUCCAGGCAGUCCGUUCCGGGUGCCAGUGAAGGAUGUGGUGGACCCUAGUAAGGUGAAGUGUUCAGGUCCAGGGCUGGGGGAUGGAGUCAGAGCCCACGUACCUCAGGCCUUUACAGUGGACGCUACCCAGGCUGGAAAGGCAAAGGUGGAAGUACAGCUAACAGGACCAUCAGGUUCUGCUGAGCCUGUUGCUGUGAAGAACAACGGUGACGGCACACAUACGGUCAACUACACCCCAGCUCAGGACGGCCCUUACACUGUGUCUGUCAAAUACGGAGAUCAGGAGGUCCCUCGCAGUCCAUUCAAGGUGAGGUCCCAGCCUGGUCAUGAUGCCAGUAAGGUGCGUGCCAGUGGUCCAGGUCUGGAUAAAUCAGGUGUGGCCGCCAGCCUACCAGUGGAGUUCACCAUCGAUGCCCGCGACGCAGGAGAGGGACUGCUCACUGUACAGAUACUGGAUCCCGAGGGCAAGCCAAAGAAGGCCACUAUCCAUGACAACAGAGAUGGGACAUACACAGUGUCCUACGUACCAGACUCCACCGGCCCCUACACCAUCACCAUCAAGUAUGGAGGAGAUGAGAUUCCCUACUCCCCCUACCGCAUCUCAGCUCUGCCCACUGGAGACGCCAGCAAGUGUCUGCUUACUGUGUCUAUCGGAGGCCGUGCCCUGGCGUCGGGUCUGACCAAGAUGCAGGCGCACGAAGAGACCAUCGUCUCCGUUGACGCAAAGGCUGCAGGGAAGGGCAAGGUGACCUGUUCGGUGACGACCCCAGCGGGGGUGGAGCUAGACAUGGACGUUCAGGAGAAUCGUGACGGAACCUACGACAUCUACUACACGGCUCCGGAACCUGGGAAAUACGUCAUCACCAUCCGGUUCGGAGGACAACACAUCCCCAAGAGCCCCUUCCAUGUAACGGCCACCAAGGAGCCUGUUGUCCCUAGCGACGGUAUGGACCAGUUCAGACCUCUUAACCUGGUCAUCCCCUUCUCCGCUCAGCAGGGACCAAUCACAGGUGAGGUGCGUAUGCCCUCCGGUAAGACGGCCCGUCCCCAUAUCACAGACAACAAGGAUGGGACCAUCACAGUCAAGUUCAACCCUACUGAGAAGGGUCUGCAUGAGAUGGACAUCAAAUAUGAAGGAAACCACAUCCCAGGAAGUCCCCUCCAGUUCUAUGUCGAUGCUAUAAACAGUGGUCUGGUGACAGCGUAUGGACCUGGGUUGUGUCAUGGCACCGUCAACAAACCCGCCACCUUUACCGUCGUCACCAAGAACGCUGGAGAAGGUGGUCUGUCCCUGGCUGUGGAAGGUCCCUCUAAGGCAGAGAUCAGCUGUAAAGACAAUAAGGACGGUACAUGUACUGUGUCCUACCUGCCCACCUCACCAGGAGACUACAACAUCAUCGUCAAGUUUGACAACAAGCACAUCCCCGGCAGUCCCUUCACUGCUAAGAUCACAGGUGAUGACUCUAUCAGGACGUCCCUGCUCAACGUAGGAACAGCAGCAGAUCUAUCCCUGAAGAUCACAGAGUCUGACCUGAGCCUGCUGACAGCUAGCAUCAGAGCUCCAUCAGGAAACGAGGAGCCCUGUCUGCUCAAGAGACUGCCCAACAGACACAUCGGUAUCUCCUUUACCCCUAAGGAGGUGGGAGAGCACGAAGUGAGCGUGAAGAAGGGUGGUAAGCACGUGACCAACAGCCCCUUCAAGAUCCAGGUUGGCCAGUCAGAGAUUGGCGAGGCCAGCCGGGUCAAGGCCUUCGGUAAAGGACUGGUGGAGGCACACACCUUUGAAAUGGCUGAGUUCUUUGUGGACACUAGGAAUGCAGGUUAUGGUGGUCUGGGAUUGUCUAUCGAGGGCCCGAGUAAAGUGGACAUAAACUGUGAGGAUGUGGAGGAUGGGACUUGCAGAGUCAGUUACUGCCCCACAGAGCCAGGCAACUACAUUAUCAACAUCAAGUUCUCUGAUAAGCACAUCCCUGGAAGUCCUUUCACGGUGAAGGUAACAGGAGAAGGAAGAAUGAAGGAGAGCAUCACCAGGAAGAGAACAGCCCCUUCCAUCGCCUCUGUCGGCAGCGCCUGUGGCCUCAACCUGAAAAUCCCUGGAAACUGGUUCCAGAUGGUGUCAGCCCAGGAGAGGAUGACUCGUACGUUCACACGCAGCAGCCACACGUACACGCGCACAGAGCGCACGGAGAUCAGCAAGAUGAGGGGCGGAGAGACGAAGAGGGAGGUGAGGGUAGAGGAGAGCACCCAGAUGGGAGGAGCAGGAGGAGGCAGUCCCUUCAGAGAUGUGUUUGGAGACUUCCUGGGCAGAGAGAGUCUGGCUAGCUUCGCUGGUAUACCCGCUACAGCCACACCAACACCUGGUGAGACAGUUACCCAGGGUAGUAUGACAGCCCAGGUGACCAGCCCCGGGGGUAAAACAGAACAGGCAGAGAUCGUAGAUGGAGGUGAUAGCACCUACAGCGUCCGCUUCGUACCCCAGGAGAUGGGGGCACACACGGUCAACGUGAAGUACAGCGGGCAGCAUGUCCCCGGAAGUCCCUUCCAGUUCACUGUUGGGCCCAUGGGAGAAGGAGGGUCCCACAAGGUCCGGGCUGGAGGCACUGGGCUGGAGAGAGGAGUGGCAGGAGUACCCUCUGAGUUCAGUAUCUGGACCCGUGAGGCUGGUGCAGGAGGCCUGUCCAUCGCAGUAGAGGGGCCCAGUAAGGCUGAGAUCUCAUUUGAAGACAGGAAGGAUGGAUCCUGUGGGGUGGCCUACAUCGUUCAGGAGCCAGGUGACUAUGAAGUGUCUAUCAAGUUCAACAACGAGCACAUCCCCGACAGCCCCUUCAUCGUUCCCAUAGCAACGCUGUCUGACGAGGCACGCAGACUCACUGUCACCAGCCUGCAGGAGAAGGAUCUGAAGGUGAAUCAGGAAGCGUCGUUCGCUGUGCAGCGUAAUGGGGCGAGGGGCGUGGUCGAUGCUAAGGUCCACACCCCAUCUGGCUCAGCUGAGGAGUGUUACGUCACCGAGCUGGACAGUGACAAGAACGCGAUCCGCUUCAUCCCACGUGAGAACGGCGUGCACUCCAUUGACGUCAAGUUCAACGGCAGUCACAUCCCCGGCAGCCCGUUCAACGUGCGGGUUGGGGAGGCAGGACAGGCUGGAGACCCAGGCAUGGUGACAGCAUACGGGCCUGGCCUGGAGGGAGGAUCUACAGGCGUGGCCUCUGAGUUCGUAGUGAACACGUGUAACGCGGGGUCAGGUGCCCUGUCUGUGACCAUUGACGGCCCCUCUAAGGUCAAGAUGGACUGUUCUGAGUGCCCCGAUGGCUACAAGGUUAUUUACACUCCUAUGGCCCCCGGCAGCUAUCUCAUCAACAUCAAAUACGGAGGACCCAACCACAUAGUGGGCAGCCCCUUCAAAGCCAGAGUCACAGGUACCCGUCUGUCCGGUGGUCACAGCCUUCACGAGACGUCCUCGGUGCUGGUAGAGACGGUCACCAAGACUUCCAAGGUUGCCGGAGCGUACAGCUCCUUAUCGUCCUCAUCCAAACUGACCUCAGAUGCCAGCAAAGUGGUGUGUCGAGGCGCAGGGCUCUCUAAGGCUCUGGUGGGACAGAAGAACAUCUUCAAUGUAGACUGCAGCAAAGCAGGCUCUAACAUGUUGCUGGUGGGAGUGCACGGCCCCACGACCCCAUGUGAAGAGGUGUACGUCAAACACAUGGGCAACCGCCUCUACAACGUCACCUACACUGUCAAAGACAAGGGAAACUACAUCGUUAUCGUCAAGUGGGGCGACGAUAGUGUCCCCGGUAGCCCCUUCAACGUUGCUGUGCCUUGAACGAACGUCAACGAACACCCGACCCCUGAUCCUCACCAUACCUUGCUCCACUGCACCGCUACACUCCUCAGUGGACCGCUGUAGAACCGCCUCUCUCAACGUGCACUAAAGAAUCCAAGGACAUUUUUUUUUUCUCCCUCUAGCCUAUAAAGGAAUUUUUUUUAAAUCAGAUUUCAGCCUUAAUUUAAAGAAUGUGCCAAAAGCUUGUUGUAUUAACUCUGUUACUGUUUUAGAGCGAAGUUCUAGGUGACUCGUGUGGUGUCAUAGAGAUGGAAAGAGACGACUGCCCUCUAUACUACUCUAUGUGUACUGGAGCCAUGCUCCAAGUCAUGUGAUGUUGGUCUAAGUAUUUUGACUGGCACAAGAUCCCCACCAAUAGAAAGGGAUUAUUGGGUAGCAAUGAAAUGGCUUAAUGUGUGAGUGUUUAGGACAUAAGAUAAGUUGCUUUUUAAACAGUAUUAAAGUGUGAUAUUAUAUGAUUUUGUAUGCUUAAAGAAAUUUGAAAAGGUAUUUUUAUUAUAUUAACCAAUUCCUUGGUAAGUCUUUGCAGAACUAAUAAUAAAGAUUCAACUGCUA